GUCAGUCAGUAAGUCGACAGAGAAUGAAAUUCAUAUCAGUACAGAAUACAGGAAUGAUUGAUUUUAUUACAUAUUAUAAUUCUUUAUUUUUUACUUGUUUCUAAACUAUCUUUUUGAAGCAGAUAGUUCACAGUGCUCAUUCUAUAGAUACUGGAAAAGGACACAGUGUUUGGCAUGCCUUAUAUUGACUUACUUGAGUUUAUACAAGGGAUCUUUAACGCGGCUCACGAGGCGCCCCCGCUGGCGCCAGAACCGGCGUAAGUUCCCCACGCCGAUCCCGAAGCCGAACUACAGCAGCGUGAGGUAAUGAAAUUCUAUUCACACUUUCAUUCUAGAGCAAGUUCGUGAUCGGUGUGAAAGGCGACCGUGGCAAAGGCGGCUAUCCGUUCAUUUUCCUGAAAUGGAAGAAAUCUACUCCCAGAUUGCAGACAACAUUCUUUCAAACGAUCUGGAACUCUCUGCCGACACGGACACGGAUGCCACAACCCUACGCGAAUGGCUGCAGGAGAUUGAGAAGAACAAGAGGCUCCUGCAGCCCAUCAUAAGAAGACAGCUUACGGAUUAGUUGCCGCUCAGUUGAAAGCUAUGGGACUCUGAAAGAUGGAAACAGGGGAGUUGGCUGAUAAAGAUGGACAGUAACGAUCGCGUAAUAUCAAUUUAUCGGCCUCGUCAUCGAAAGCGGCUUCCAAUUGCUCGGAAAUUCUCAGCUAUAUGGGGGGCUUGGAUGGUGAGCAAAAACAAUUGAUCAAGAAGUUGGUCAACUUUCGUAUGAAAGAAGGUAAAAGAACGAGAGUUCGUGCUAUUGUUUAUCAAACUUUUCAUCGCCCAGCUCGAACUGAACGCGAUGUAAUCAAACUUAUGGUUGACGCCGUAGAGAAUAUAAAGCCCAUAUGCGAAGUGGAAAAAGUAGGAGUCGCAGGUACUAUUUAUGAUGUCCCUGGGAUUGUAGCCAGGGAUCGUCAACAAACCUUAGCUAUUCGUUGGAUCCUUGGAGCAGCUUUCAAACGACGUAUAAGCUACAGGAUAAGCUUAGAGAAAUGUUCAUUUGCUGAGAUACUGGAUGCUUACCGAAAGAGGGGAAUUGCACGUAAGAAAAGGGAGAAUCUUCAUGGACUGGCUUCCACCAAUCGAAGUUUCGCGCAUUUCAGAUGGUGGUAAAGUGAGACCACAUAAAGAGCUCUUCCUCAUUCAGUCAGAUUUUUCAGUAAGAUAUGGUUUGACCCUUUUCCUUUUUGAAUCUUCAUAUAGAACUACGUUACCUCAUACUCCCCCCUUCAUUCAUUGAGUUGGAGGAAUCCAUAGGAGGCCCGCCCGUUAUGCAUUGCAUGAUAGAACCUUUCUUUGUAUGACUUCUCUUUUGCCUCAGGUCGAAUGAGGGAGAUAAAUCAAACAAAUCAAUAGGCCAUGAAUGAAGAAGUAGUGGGCCUUUCGCCCUCUUUCGUCUGACUCGGGGAGCUGAUAAAUGCACUUCAAAGGGAGGGAAGGAA